AUGGAGAGUGAUUGGGCAAGCUUGGCUCGUUCAGUCGCCCAUAAAUGGCAAGCAGUGGUAGUUACAUGGACUAAACCUCCAACUCAGCGAUAUAAAUUAAACACAUAUGCUAGCAUGGUCAAUGGAAGGAUGAGUGGAGGAGGGGUAUUGCGCGACUUGGAGGGUAGACUUAUUUUCGCGUUUUAUAAGGAGUUUGGGGAGAAGGGGGUCUUGCAAGCUGAGGCACUAGCAGUACUGGAAGGGUUGCGAGUGUGCGCGGCAAAGGGGGUACAGGAAGUGUUGGUGGAGGUUGACUCUGCGGUUCUUAUGUCACUAGUCAAAUCGUCAGCUCUGGGGGGUUGGUCGCAUUGCAAUUUGCUGAGACAGAUUCGUCGACUUUUGGAUCAAGUGUCUGUGUCAUUUAUCCACAUCUUUUGUGAGGCAAAUAUGGCUGCAGACAGGUUAGCGGCUCUGCAAGGUUAUCCUAGUAUGGUUUUUGACUCUGUUCAACAGCUACCGAGGGAGAUUCGCGGCUGCCUAGCUAUGGACGCUAGGGAAUUCCCGUCCCUUAGACUAGUGCCUUGUUAG